AUGUUGAAUAUUGUUUCCAGGAAGAGCUGGGGAUUAGUUCCACUGCACCUUCAGUUGCUGUCAUCAGCGACGGACUGCCUGUGCUUCACGCCAAGACGCCUUCACACCAGGAGGGCCCCACACGGGGGGGGCACGGCGGAGCCCCGCUGUGUUGCACGUGCAGGAGCCGGCGCCUCAACAGCGAUAUCUCGUCCUCCAUCGUUCUUGACGGCUCAUCACCGCUGCCUCUCUCUAAUGAGCAGCACUUCUUCUCGUCCCGUGUCAUCAGUCAGUGCGGGUGGCCCCCAGGCGGGAGGGGGAGGAGAUGGCCCUCAGCCUUCGAUAAGUCCCCGGGUGCAAGCUGUGCUAGACCAACUGCAACAGCUCACUCUUCUUGAAGUGUCUCAGUUGGUGCGGCAGUUAGAGAUGGUCUUUGGAGUCUCUGCUGCAUCUGCGCUCGGUCCGGGAGCAGCAGCAACACCAGCGGAAGCGCCGGCUGGUUGUCAGAGUGCAGGGGUUUCAGGGGGCUCAGAUUCGCCUGAUACCCCUGAAAAGACUGAAUUUAGGGUAGUGGUGAAGGCUGUGCCCACUGCUAGUCGCAUUUCUGUGAUCAAGACACUGCGAAGUGUACGCGGAGAUUUAGGACUGAAGGAGGCAAAGAACUUUAUCGACUCUCUACCCAAAGACGUAACCGAAAACGUCAGCAAAGUUGAAGCACAGAAGAUCUUCGACGCCCUUAAAGCGGCUGGAGCUGAGGUGGAAAUGGUUUAA